AUGGUUGCGAUUGACAGGGUAAUAAAUGUGGUGGACUUGCGUUGGAAAUCAAGUACCUUUCGGUUGUUGGCCUUAUCAUCACCGCUAACAUUGUACGAUCUGAGCGCAAUACCCGACAAACGCUUAUGGGGUGGUCAUUUGCAGUUCUUGCCUCUGGCCUACUCUGUAGCGAGUUUAGCUGGCCCGGGGUUAAUAGCAAUUCUGUAUGGAAAGCCCUACGGCCCUCUUGUCACCAGUGAUAUCGGCUCGGCGAUGGGUUUUAUUCUCGGAUGUUUUGGGUUUCAUGGCCUGGACGACUAG